AUGAAAAAUAUUGUUAGUAAAAACUUUAAAUUUUUGUCUUUGUUUAAUUUAUUUAAUAUUGAGAAAUAUUUACAAGAGUUGGUGAGUUUAAGUUUUGAAUAUUCAUCAGAAUUUAUUUUUAGUUAUAAUACAAACGAUUUUAAAAAUAUUCCUAUAGAUUAUUUCCCUAAAAAUGUAUCAAAAAAUUUAAUUUUAGAUAAGUUUUUAUAUUUAAUAAAUAUGUUUUUAGAAAGAGAUUCGUUUUUCAAUUAUUUAUAUUUAUAUUUAAUUUUAAACUUUAAAAUAAAAUUUAAUCAUUUUGUUCAAAUUUUAGGCUUAAGAGGUAGAGCUGAAAUGAAAGGAUAUAAAGGUUAUAUUAGUAGUAAUUUGAAUUAUGGUUUUACGUUUAAAGAUUUUAUAUUAUCAUCAUUUAAAGCUCGUGAAAGUAUUAUUGAUAGUAGUGUUAAUAUAUAUUCAUCGGGUUAUCUUACUAGAAAGCUUGUAGAAGGACUAAGAGAUAUGAAUAUAAAGGAAAUUAAAUGCACUACCAAGUAUAUUUGUAAAGAUAUAAAAAAUAAUUGUGAUUUAAGGUUACCUUUUUUAUGUUUAAGUAAUAAAGCUACAUGUUCUUUUUGUUUAAAUAUAAUAAGUGAUAAUACUUUAUUUCUUGGAUAUAAUAAAGGUAUAAUUUCAGGGCAAGCUUUAGGUGAGCCAAGUACUCAAAUGUUACUUAGAACGUUUCAUUUAGGCGGUGGCGGUUUAAAAGUUACUAAUAUAAAUAAAAGUACACAUGAUUUAAAUGUUAAAGAUAAACAUAAAUUUAUAAACAUAGAUAAUAAAAAUAAUGAUUUUAUGCAUAUUAACAGCUAUAAUAGUUAUAAAAAUAAUUGUAAAAUUAAUUAUGAUUAUGUUAAAUUAAUACCAUAUAAUAAUAAAGUUAACACUUUUGAAAAUAAUAAAUAUUCAAAAUUUUUAAGUUUAUUUAAAAAUUUUAGUGUGUUAUGGGUUCCUAUUUUAUUUAAUAAAUAUAUAUUUAAAUAUAAUAUUUUUAAUAAUUCUAACAGUAAUAUAGGAUUAUAUUUAAAAAAAUUUUUAUCAUGUUACACACAUUAA